AUGUCUAUUAUGACCAACAAAGGAGCCUCAUCAUCCUUUUCCACCUACCAAAACAAGAGCUUUGAUGUCUUUUUGAGUUUUAGAUAUGAAGAUACCGGUCUUGGUUUCACAGGCCACUUAUAUAACGCUUUGUGUCAGUUGGGUAUUCACACCUUCAUCGAUGAUAAUCUCCCAAGAGGAGAACAAAUUUCUGCACAACUUCUCGAGACCAUUGAGAGCUCAAUGAUUUCAAUAAUCAUAUUUUCAGAAAACUAUGUAUUCUCCACUUGGUGCUUGGAUGAACUUGUUAAGAUUGUUGAGUGUAAAAAGAAUGGUCAAUUGGUGCAACCAGUUUUUUACAACGUGGAUCCAUCAGAAGUUCGUAACCAAAAAGGAAAGUUCGGGGAAGUAUUCGCUAAACAUGAAGAAAAAUUUAAGGAUAACGGGAAGGUACAAAGUUGGAGGGAAGCUCUAUAUGAAGUGGCCAAUAUAUCCGGUUGGCAUUAUAAGCACAAUUGCAGUGAGUUCGAAUUUAUCCAAGAAAUUGUCAAAGAGAUCUCAAAUUCUAAAUCAAACCGUACGCCAUUAUUUGUUGCUACGUACCCAGUUGGAAUAAAUUAUCGUGUGGAGGCCAUAAAAUUACUUUUAGAUAUUGGAUCAAAUGAUGUCCGUGUGGUAGGGAUGUACGGCCCUGGUGGAGUGGGUAAGACGACCAUUGCUAAAGCUGUUUAUAACAUGAUAUAUGCACAUUUUGAAGGAAGCAGUUUUUUAGAAAAUGUUAGAGAGAAGUUUGGGACAUUUAAUGGCAUAAUCCAUUUACAAGAGACACUUCUUUAUGAGAUUUUAGGGGAUAUAAAUCUAAAGGUUGGCAACAUAUGGAGAGGAAUCAAUUUGAUAAAGGAAAGGCUUUGCAGUAAAAGGAUUCUUUUAAUUCUUGAUGAUGUGGAUAAAUUAGACCAGAUUGAAAAAUUAAUUGGAAAAUGUGAUUUCUUUUCCUCUGGAAGUAGAAUCAUUAUAACCACCAGAGACAAACACUUGCUAGCUUAUCUUGGAAAAGGUCUUUCAGCUUACAAGGUUAAUGAAUUAGAUGAUCAUGAAGCUCUUGAAUUAUUUAGUUUGCAUGCAUUCCAAACAAAUAAACCCAAGGAAGAUUAUACAGAUUUUACAAACCAAGUUAUACGUUAUGCUAAAGGCAUUCCAUUAGCUCUAGCAAUAAUAGGAGCUAAUUUGUAUGGAAGAAAUGAAUUGGAAUGGAAAAGCACAUUAGAUAAGUAUGAAAGAAUUCCUAACAAAGAAAUUCAACAUAUACUCCAAAUAAGUUAUGAAGGAUUGGAUGAAACUGAACAAGAUAUUUUCCUAGAUAUUAUAUACUAA